AUGGCUGGAAAUAAAAGGGAUUCGCUUGAGACUACUUGGGCCAGCGCUAUUAACCGACAACGGUCAAUGAUGGCUGAGCAUAGGCAAAAACUCACAUCGAACUCCCACUUUUAUUAUUCACCUGAACUGUACAAUAUUGUACCGUAUAACCGUGGCCGAUGGACCAGAGAACGACCAACCUUGGAAACCGUUUCCGCCACGUGCGUCAGCAACAACGCGGCGUCAUUUAUCGAACCCCCCAAAUUGAUGUUAAGCAGAGACACCGGGGAUGCAUUAAUGCCACUUUUCGAGAACAGUAUGACUGAUCGCGAAAACGUUGCCAAGUGA